AUGCAGAAGUAUAGUAUCAUCAAUACUGCAAAUAGACAGAAACAAACAAUCCCGCAUACACUUGGCGCAAAGACGUUAGCAAGGAGGAAAAGGGAGCUGGAAAUAGAAGAAGGGCGCAAAUAUAGCAGAGGUGAGAUGUAUGUUGUUUCUCACAAGAAAAAAGAUGGCAAUUUUGUGAAUGACGAAGUUAUGCUAAAAAAUGACCAAUUACUUCAACAGUUGGAACAAGCCAAUACUGAACAAGAGGCUUUUGUAAAUGUCUUUGGGAAGGAACACCCAGGUCGGGUUAGAGGCAUGGGUUUUGGAGUGGUCCCAAGUCAAAUCCGUAGAACAUCUACCAGUUCAGCAUCAACUUCUUCUACUGGUCCUACACAAGCUGAGUAUGAUGCCUUGAAAGGAGAAUUGGAUACUAUAAAGGGCAAGAUGCUAGAGCUGGAUACAUUCAAAGCGCAAAUGGCACAUUUUAGGCAUAAUUUUGGUGGUCAGUUACCAUCUAAUCAGAGAUACCAUACUGGUUGCUGGUAUUAUACUCAACAUCUUCGAAUAUUACUGUCUAUGGAUUAUUGUGAUAUUGCUGGUUAUGUUGUUGACUUGGGCUCUCCUGGAAUCAGAAAGUCCUCCCAUGCUAGUCAUGACCCUUCUGAUGGGCCAACAACAUCAAAUCAAGCACCCCCACCACCAUAA